CGUCCCAAUGUUGUUCCCGCCAGCAUCACGCACGCUACUGAACCGUUGGGUUAAUCAUUUUGGCGCGUUUGAAGUUUCGGCCAAAAAUCGGCACCUUCGGCAAAUCGGCGGAAGUAGUCAAUUGUCCGUUCUGGUGCAAUUUGCUACUCCUUACAGUGGGAUCGCGCAAAAACUUUUAAAGGAAGCCGGGAACGAAUCGGGUUUAAGAGGAUACCGAUAUCAAAAGUAUUCAAAAAUGUUACCAACUAAUGCAGCAGACCUGACUCAACGUGGUCCAACCGAACCGGUACGAUUUACAAAAAACAUGACAUUCUUCAGCAACCAGAAACAAAGUUACGAAAAAGAUAAUCAAUCUUUACGAUUAAACGUGGCGCUCGAUAAGCCACUGGUGUUCAUCUUUGCCUGGCUGCAAGCGUCGGAAAAACAUCUGACAAAGUAUGCUGAAUUCUACCUAGAACAAGGUUUCGAGGUGCUGUGCGUCCACAUUACACCCUGGCAGUUGGUGUGGCCAGUUAACGGUUCCCAAAAAGUGGCGGCCGAUGUUGUAAAAUUUCUCACGAACAAUGAUUUUCCCGAGGGAAUCGUUAUACACGGAUUUUCCGUCGGUGGCUAUCUCUGGGGUGAGUGUUUGGUGAAGCUGCAGGCCGAUCCAUCCGGCAAGCGGGUGUUGGAGAAUAUUCGUGGUCAGGUGUGGGAUAGUUUGGCAGAUAUAACGGAAAUUCCGGUCGGAGUUCCACACGCUGUUUUACCUCACAAUCCUACGCUUCAGGGCGUUCUACGUAAUUACAUCAACUAUCACAUGAAGCUAUUCCACGAGGAAGCUACCCAGUAUUACGUUAAAUGUACGCAUCUCUUCCAUUAUGAGCCGGCCCUGUGUCCUGCGUUGUUGUUGGUUUCAAAAACCGACCCGGUCGGUACGGAAAAGGCCAACAGUCGGCUUCGUGGCAUUUGGGAAUCUGUCGGUGUAAAGACAUCGUUGAAGUGCUGGGAUAAGUCGCCCCACGUUGGACACUUCCACAAGCAUCGGGACGAGUACGUCGAGUUGCUGCUCGCUCACCUUCAUGCGCUCGAUUUACCUUUGUACAAUCGAAAGGCUAAGCUCUAAUGGCUCGGCGACAGGUAGUUUGGAUCA